CUGUGGAGGUGGGAGCGGGGCCGGACCGCCAUAGCUCCGCCCCGGCUCUUUAAGCCGCCGCGGGGCUGCGCUGGGCUGAGACGCGCCAGGUCGAAGACGAGAGCCGUGAGCCACCAUGCCCAACUGGGGAGGCGGCAACAAGUGCGGCGCCUGCGGGCGCACCGUCUACCAUGCUGAGGAGGUGCAGUGCGACGGGAGGAGCUUCCACCGCUGCUGCUUCCUCUGCAUGGUCUGCCGGAAAAACUUGGACAGCACGACUGUAGCCAUUCAUGAUGCUGAAGUCUACUGCAAGUCUUGCUAUGGGAAAAAGUAUGGCCCCAAAGGUUAUGGAUAUGGCCAAGGGGCAGGCACACUGAACAUGGACAGGGGAGAGAGGCUGGGCAUCAAGCCUGAAAGCACUCCCUCUCCCCAUCGACCUACGACAAGUCCAAACACUUCAAAGUUCGCUCAGAAGUUCGGAGGGGCAGAGAAGUGCUCGAGGUGUGGGGAUUCUGUCUAUGCAGCAGAGAAAGUAAUAGGAGCUGGAAAGCCAUGGCACAAGAAUUGCUUCCGGUGUGCCAAGUGUGGAAAAAGCCUAGAAUCUACAACCCUAACUGAAAAAGAGGGAGAAAUCUAUUGUAAAGGUUGUUACGCGAAGAACUUCGGCCCCAAGGGGUUUGGGUACGGCCAGGGAGCAGGUGCCCUCGUUCAUGCCCAGUGAGGGGUCAUGGCUGAAAACCUGUCACAGCUCUGCUGAGCUCCUGCUGGAAGAAAGAGGAGAGCUUCCUAUUUGUCACUAACUACUGUGAAACAGAGUAGUUGCUGUAGUGCUUAGGCAUCCCUCCAGCAGACCAUUAUUUUUUGUUAAAGAGGAGCACUGCUUUUCUCCCCCUUGCUUUGUGUAUCACACUGUACCACCUCUGACACCGAG